UGAGCAGCAAGGGUCAGUGCUGUGAUUCCCUCACUGUCACAAACGUCCAAUAACGUCUCAGCUCUUUAUCCUGUCCAAUCACAUUCACAGUACGACCCUGCUGCAUCACCGAGCUGGAGCAUAAGAGGAGAGAGAGUCCCACAGCUCGGCACCAUCCGGUCCAACUUCUCCUGCGUUACAGGUCUCCUCCACUCACCAGCCAUGAAAUUCUCCCUCAUUGCAGCUGUCGCCCUGCUUGCUCUGGCACAAGGAAGCUUUGCACAAGAUGCUGCUGAUCUGGAAAAGAUCACUCAGUACUUUGAGAAUCUGAAGAACAAAAUGACCGAGGAUGUGACUGCGUUCCUCACCAACCAGGAUGUGGCCAACCAGGCUCAGACCUUCAUGCAGGAGAGGAAAACCCAGCUGGAGCCACUGGCCACUCAGAUCCAGGAACAGCUGAGGGCCGCUGCCACCAAAUUCGAGGAGCACAUAACGCCCCUGGCUGCCAACGUACAGCCCGUGGUGGAGAACUUCCAGCAGCAGAUGGAGGCCCUCGUCCAAAAGCUGAUGGAGAAGACCCGCAGCAUCUCCAACUAAACAAGCCGUCUUUACAAAAAACAUGCAAACGUGCCACCACACCAUCAUCUUCUCCAUCAAGGACUGAGUUCAUGGAGCGGCUUGCAUGAAAGUGCCACCACAUAAAAAUGUGUUUCUGUGCUCGUUAACACUGAUUUUCUUUGUCCAAAAGCACCAUUAAAAACCUUGGAACACA